AUGCCGAAGAGAGUUCCUCAUUUGAGGGGGAACAUGAUCAAAAUGAUAGAACUGUCAAGCCUCUACCAUUUCCUGAUAUUAACAUUGAGAGUAGAAGAGGAGCUGGAAGAAGAAGAGCGGAAUAAAACUGGAAAUGAGUCUGAGAACGAUGAACCCGAGCGAUCCUUGCAGAUUCACACCCAAUUUGACCCAAUUCGGAGCAUGGCAGCAGAAUCGCAAGAUAAUUCUUCAAAUGAAGGAUCUUCUGCCGAUGGCACCAAGCUUCUGAAGUCAAUGACAUCUCUGCUUACUUCUCAUCAGAAGAAUGUGGUAACUCUAGGAUCAAAUAUGUUCUUCAGUCGUCAAUCGGAAAUGAUGAGUCUUGAAAGACAAAUCAAUCUUGAUAAUCAUCGUGAGAUCAUGGAAUCAAUGAAAUUAUUCAAGAAUCAGCUGGUUGAAAUUCAAGGAAGCAUGAGAAGAACAUAUGCUGAAAGACUGGAGUAUGCCGACUCCAUUGCAAGGAAAUUUCAAGAGAAAGAGAAUGCGAAAGCUGAUGCUGAAAAAGAACAGACUCGUAUCACUCAAGGUGAGCCUAGAAGAAGAGGUGACGGUGUAUCAACCGGCACCAGAUCUAAGCGAGAGCCAACCAAUGAUGAAAAUCCAUGGCCAACUAAAAGAGGCGGAGGUCGAAGCGGUGGUGAUCGCGGAGGCCGAAGCAGUAGUGGUGGUCGUGGUGGGAAAUCUAGUAAUGAUCGCGGAGGUCGUACUAGUGGCGGUGAUCGUGGUGGAAGAUCUAGUGGAAGCAGUAGGGGUGGACGUGCUCUUCCUCCGUUUCAAAACCUGUUAACUAGUGAAGGGAUGCAUUAUGAAGGAACUCGUUUCCCGAUCGAUCCUCGAGUUAAAAGGGAAGAACAAUAA